UUGAGUUGUGUUUAGAACACUUAGAAGAUGAAAAGAUCAUCUGCAUUGCCUCCAACUAGAUCCAUUAGCUUGCCUUCUAGAUUGCAUCCCACUUCUUUUCGUGUUGAGGCUGAGCUAAAUAAGUUACGAUUGUGGGAAGUAAGAUCGUGUUCUUCCUCUGAAACCCUAACAGCUGAAACCAUUCAAACCGGCCUAUUUAGUUUAGCAGAGGUGUAUAGAUGUGUCGAGGAACUUGUUUACUCUUCCCUCACACAACAAGCUUUUGUAAGCCAUGGGAAGGUAUUGGAAGACGCAUUGGAACGUUCAGUAAAACUACUCGACACUUGUGGGAUUGUUAGGGAUACUCUACAGAAGAUGAAGGAACAAGCGCAACGCCUUCAGUCAAGUCUUCGCCGGAGAGGUACAGAAUUAAGGUUUGAAGAUGACAUUUCUUGUUAUAUCAGAUUAAGAAAGAAGUUGAAGAAAGAGGCAUCAAAGUGCAUUAGAUCACUAAAACAUGGCGAAAGGAAGUUUACGCUUGUACCAUCCUUAGAAGAUUAUCAUUUGACAAUGGUGGUGAAAGUGCUUAGAGAAGUAAAUAUGAUGACAUCUAUCGUUUUACGAACUCUCUUAUUGUUCUUGUCGUCAUCAGGAACUACGAUCAAGAACAGGCAUUUGGGGUGCUCGUUGAUUUCAAAAUUGAGGUCAAGCGAGAAGGGAAAGAAGAGCACAAACGAGGUGGGGAGUGUGGAUGAUGUGCUGUUUUGUGUACUUGGUGGCACGGAGGAAAUGACAACCGCCGAUAGAAAGUUAGAAAAUCUUGUAAUUAGUGUAAAUUGUAUAGAGGCUGGAUUAGAUGUAGUUUUUAGACGACUGAUUCACUAUCGAGUCUCGAUCCUUAAUGUACUGACAAGAUAAACUUUACUGAAUUACCUUAUGCUUACAAAAAA